AUAACUUUUUGGUCUAUAUGUAUAAUAAUGAAUGCAAAUUCUCCUAUUAUAGAACAGAUAAUUUUUUUUCAUGAUUAUUCAUUAAUUUUUUUAAUUUUUAUUAUUGUUAUAAUUAGAUAUAUAAUAUUUAAUAUAGUAAUAAAUACUUUUUAUAAUCGAUUUUUAUUAGAAAAUCAUGAUAUUGAAGUUAUUUGAACAAUAAUACCUGCUUUAAUAUUAAUUUUUAUUGCUGUUCCUAGAUUACGUCUUUUAUAUUUAAUAGAAGAAAGUUUUGAAGUAAUAAUAAAUGUUAAGAUUAUUGGUCAUCAGUGGUAUUGGUCGUAUGAAUAUACUGAUUUUAAUAUUGAAUAUGAUUCUUUUAUAUUAAGAGAAAGAGAUUUAGAAAAAAGAAGUUUUCGUUUAUUAGAUACUGAUAAUAAUAUAAUUUUACCUUAUAAAACAGGUGUUCGAUUAUUAGUUAGAUCAGCAGACGUAAUUCAUUCAUGAACAGUUCCUUCUUUAGCUUUAAAGGUUGAUGCUAUUCCAGGGCGUUUAAAUCAAUUAAUAUUAUAUGGAUAUCGUCCUGGAUUAUAUUAUGGACAAUGUUCAGAAAUUUGUGGGGCUAAUCAUAGUUUUAUACCUAUUUGUUUAGAGAUAGUUUCUUUAAAAAAUUUUAUUCAAUGAGUAAAUAAGUUUU